UUGCAGUGUCGUGUAGUGGUGAACGAAAGUUGUCUCGUGACUUGUUGCACAUCGUCCAAGUUUUCUAGCAAUCGUUUUUCCUCAAUUCCCUUCUAGCUAUUCAUUUAUUCAAGUGCAAAUUUUCGCUGAUUACAAUGAGCUCGCAUUGACUUAUCGUCAAUGACGUCAUACAAGGCCAUCGGUACACGUCACUGUUUGUACUACGUCACACGCAUUGCUAACUGGCUGCGUAGGAGGAUAAUUCCCAAAGUACACGAGUACCACCAGGUUUCCGGUUCUUUGAUUCAACCCUACACCAGCCUUUUUCGAUUUGGACAACUUGACUUUUAAGAAGCCAGACAGAAGAAACAGCGAGACAGAAGAAAAUGUCGCAAACAGGGACGAAAUCGAAUCAAGAUGAUACAGCGGGCGAAGGGGAAAAGAAAAUCAAAAUGAUACCUGAUAACAGCCACGGUCCGAAUUUUGAAUGGAGAUUGUUGACAUUGUUUUGCGUCCGGGCACUUGGGGCCGGAUACAAAUUUGAAGUGACCAAAGAAUGGGAAGACCUGGGCGGUAAAUUUGACGAUGUGAUCAUUCGUUAUCGAGUCGUAGACGAUACGCUUGAAGGUAACCAUUGGCGCUACCGCUUCCUGCAGUCGAAACAUAAGAUGCACGAGAAUGAAAAGAUAAAAGCAAUCCAACUUCUCGAAGAUAACGAUAGGGGCGAUUUCAGCUCACCAAAAUAUUUCCGUUCCUUCUGCAAGAUGAGAAGACGAGGCGAAGACAUUCACGACUGCAUCCUUUGCACAAACAUCGGUUUCGAUUUCAAAGAUGUCCAGAAAAAUGGCAUCGAGUUGGUGUCGAUUAACGACCAGCCUGAAGACAUUCUAGAGUUUGGUCCGCAACAAAAGACACUUCGUUAUAAAUUGAAAUUCACAGAAGAGUUGCGACGAAAAGUGUUAAACGAGUGGUCAGACAAUGGCUCAGACAUAGAUAUUCUUGCCAAGGCAUUGAAAACCUGUGCACUAGAAAAACAAACAACUGAUACAAGGACUGGAGUCUUCAGUAGCUACCACGUUGCCUUAGUCGAAGAAAAAGUCAUCGAUUCUGCCACCAAAAAGUUCCAUGAAGAUUUCGUAAACGGAAAAGAGAGUCUGUCCAAUGGCGCUCAACAACUUCGCCAAACUCUUAGCGACUUGCCAGAAAAUGACUGGAAAAGCUGGAAAUUCAAAUUGAACAACAAAUUCGGAAAAAGGCGAUCGGAUGAUGAAAUAAAAAAUCCGUUAUCGUCAAAAAUCUCAGAGGAAGACGUAGACGCAUUCCUUGAAAAAUUGGUGUUUGUGGUUAACACGCCAAACGUAAACAAUUUAAAAGCCAUUUUACAAGCUCAAGAUAUGAGCAAGUACUACCCCCGCGAAGAGUGCGAACAGCAAACGAUCCGUUUGUUGGAUGAAAUGCAGAAUGAAUUCUCCAACAAGAAAGUGGGCUAUUGGCUGAAACCAGAAAGAAGUAAGAAAAUCUUAUUAGCUGGUGUUACAACUACCUCACUAAAGUACCAGAAAGAACUGGAUAAUGAAGUCGGGUUCAACGACGUCGCCAUUGAUAAAAUGGCCGAUAAACUAAGAGCUUUGCUGGCCAAUAACAAAAGGAUUGAACGAAUUACCACACCAGCACCGAAGCAUACAGCCGUCAAAGUCGUCUCAGCCAUUCGGAAGCUGCCGGAAUACGAUAGAAGUGGAAGCUUUUUGAUGACGAUCCUGGGUUGUCUAGAAGACAAGGACGACAAAGAACGUUGGAAAAACAUUUUGAAAUUAAAAACAGAUUCUCACCAUCUUCUCAUCGUCGUUUGCGAAAACGAAACACCUGAUGCUGAUGAUUACGCAGAUCUUGUUCCGGGUGAAAACCUGGACAACAAGGUCUUUUUCAUCGGUCGCAAUGGAGUUGCCGGAAUGAUGGACGAUAUCACUUUUGAAGAGUUGAAUGAGAAAUUCCAAAAUGCUGUCCUGGAGAAAACAAUCACGUUCCAAGGAACAGUUCUAACCGUUGGUGAUCUGGUUGGAAACGAACCGGACAAAGUCAUCGAUUACCUUUCUAUAGAAGAGUUGCUGUCCCAGAAGAAAGACGUCAACAUUCCCCGGCCGGAUACAUCAGAAUGCGAAGAAUCCUUGUACAUCAAGAGGCAGUUGACGAUGGUAUUUCACGAAUCUUUCGAAAACAAAUUAGCAGAACGUUUAAAGUGUACGAUAAAUGAACUCCACGAGAAAUGCAGAAUCACUCCACAAGGUGAAAUUAAAUGGUUUGUUGAAAACCAAGAUCGUGAAUCCAUUUGGAAAGAAAUAAAAAAUCUUACGGAUGAAGGAAAGCCAUCAAACGCCAUCGACGAGAGCCAACUUAUUUGUCUGGAUGAGGGAAGAGAACGAAUUCAGAUUGUGAUCAUAUCCGGAGUGGCUGGAACAGGCAAGUCAACUAUCCUCUCCAACUACUACAUGGAAAUGAAAAGAGUAAAACCAGAUCAUUGGAUCAUCAGAAUCAAUCUCGUAGAGCAGCAAACAGCUUUCCUCGAAUUAGUCACAGCAGACAAAGUCGUUGAUUUCUUUGUCAAACAGUUGCACAUCGCUGAAGAUGAAAGCCCAUUUUCUCGUUCACUGUUGAGGCACCGAAUAGAAACGGGAGACAGAAUUGCUUUCAUGUUUGACGGCUUCGAUGAAAUAAGCCAUCGUUGUCAACAGAACGUGAUUCGUUUGAUGAAAAUACUCGCCAGGAAGAAAACGAUUAAACUCUACGUAACGACAAGGCCCCACAUUGCAGACGAAUUACAAUUCGAGUUAUCUCAAUUGGCUCAUCAUCUGCAAAUCUUGGCUGAAAAAGACCAAAUUGAUUAUUUAGUCAGGUAUUGGCAAUCAAAUUUACAAGAGAUGGAAAUGGAAAACAAGUCGAUUAUCAUACAGACCUUCGCAGAAUCGUUAGCUCACCGAGUAUCUCAGACUCUAAGAGAUGAAGAGAGAGCCUUCAUUGGAGUUCCGUUGCAAUGUCGAAUUCUAGCCGAGUGCUAUCAAUCUGAACUCGAAAAACAAAUCAAAAACAAUAACGUAGCAGCAUGUCAAACACUAGUGCAUCAACACUUCGAUUUAAAGAGUCUGUACGAACGUCUUUUGGAUACCAAACGUCGCAUCUUUCGGGAAGAAAAGGCAGAAUCGUCAAGUUUAAAUCCAAUCGGGAGCUGCGCCAUCGAUUUCUUGAUCGAUGACAUUGAAUCUCAUCUCACUAAAUUGGCCAUAGAGACACUCGUUGUGGAAACGAAAGAGGUCAAAAUUCUAUGGCCCUCCCAACAACAGUAUUUCCAUUCGGAAGCUGAAAUAUCUGAAAAGGAAAAUAAAAUAACAGAUUUAGGAGUGAAAUACGGACUAAUAGUACGCAGCAAAGGUGACAAGCAAUCUAAAGUGCAGUUCUUACAUCGUACCUACGCCGAGUACUUGUUCGCCCUAUAUUUGCAUAGAGGAAUGGACAUCAACAAAUUCGACAACCAGCUUUUAGAUAAGAAACCUGUACGUGACUUGGUCGUUAAUGAAAUCUUAGUUGAAGGCCACUAUCACGGAGUAAGGGUAUUCUUGAAUUCUAUGCUGAAGACAGGACAUAGUCAAAGAACGGAACUGCCAAAUCAAUUGCAAAAAUUGGCUAAAAGUUUAGAAGAGCACAUCACAGCCCUGCCCUGUGAUCGGCAUACCAACGCCUUAAUUUUUACCCUACCGACUCAGAACUUGUUUUAUACCUUACUCAAUUGCCUUGAUGGAACGUUGAACGAAACUGAAAGGAAGCGAGUCGUCAGGUCUGCAUUCCAACACCCUUUUCCCUUCUUUACCUUCUUAUAUUGGAGAAAUGGUCAACUGUUUCAAAGAGUUCUUUCUUAUUACGACGACGCAGACGCUGUUGACGUGGAGCGUAUCGUCAAAGCAUUGUUACACGAACCCAUGACGCUCCGAUAUUCACCUGACUCCUAUGUCAUCGUUUGGAACAAUGAGGCGUCAAAAGACGUCGUGGAAAAAGUGUUAGAGUUUAUGGAAAAAAACGGGGAGAAUUUAAAACAAGUUUUGAACCCCGAACAAUCAAAAUUCAGACCACUGCACACCUCGGUCACAUUACUGCAUUUUUUCAUCUUUAAUGAAUAUUACAACUGCCUUUUAAGCCAAUUCUUACGUUUCCUAUCGUCCAUCUACGUCGACGAUCGCAACUUUACUGAACUAAUAAAAUUCACAUUAAAGAUGCAAGAUUACAAUAACGAUAACUGGACAUUUCCCUCGAACAAUGGAAUUGAAAAGACCUUGGACAUUUUACGAGAUCUGUUACGACCGAGAGUGAUGGAAGGUUUAUGUCAUUUUGCACUCGUGACGGGUGUUUUCGAAAAUUAUUACCAACCUUUUGCAGCGGACGAUGAAGAUUCAUUGAGGGAUCCUGCUCGAAUGACUAGACUUCACUGGGCAGCGUUUAAUGGCGACAUGGAGGCGAUGGAAAGCGUGGGCGACUGGACGUGCAAUGUGGGCGACUGGACGUGCAGCGUGGACGACAGCUUCACGCCCUUCUACGUAGCGGCCGCUCGUCAUCACAAACUAAUCUGCCACAAAAUAUUAUCAUUAUUAGAAACAAGUCUGACAUCUGAUGAACUUAAAACACAUCUGGCCGAAUAUAAAGGAUUCGUAUAUACGGCCAUGUGGGACGCUGUUUGCUUCCGUAACUUCAAAAUGUUUCAGCUGAUUCUUGAAUCCGUCAAACAAUCCUUAGGGCGACAUUACCUGAUGGCUUUGUUGAAAUCAGAAAAGCCCGUAGAUUCAUUUAAAACCACGCAAUCUGAUGGAUCUGUCAGCUCUUCCAUCUUGGCUCUGAAGAACGGCAAAGUGUUGUUCAAAAUCAUAGCCCAAGUUUUGCUCGAGGAUGGCAGUCAAAAUGGAUACACUGAUUUAAACGAUCUAGUCUUCAACGAGAAAGAAACAGUCGAAAUAGUACUGAACAAUAUCGAAGAAGAAACAUUCCAGAGAAUGGUGGACGUGAAUGGACUGCAAAAUUGGACAAAACGCUUUUUAGACUACAACGUCUGGGGAUUUCGUCGGCUAUCAACCGUCAUUGCAAGGUUUACUCUAAACCAACGGCGGGAAUUUAUCAACAUCAUCACAUCACCAAACAUUCCAACCCAUCAAUUUAAUCGAAUGAACGUCAGUUACUGGGGAAAGUGGUUCGAAAACGAGUUAACCGAUCCAAUCUUUUCAAACAUCAGAGAAAGCCUCGACAAACUUUUGAAAUCAUUAGAAGAUGACACUCCAAAAUUGAUUUUUAAUUACAAUAGCAAUGACGCAAUCAAGGCUCUACUGUGUCAGAACGCAAAGUUAGUUACUGCAGCAUCAAAACACUUUUCGUGGGUGAAUUACUUCAAGUUUAAACGACGCGUCAUGAAAAACGGACCAAAAGUAAUGAACGUACUUUUAACUUGGCCUUUACUCAUUGAGAGAAAAGUUGUUCGAAACUGGAUCAACAUUUUGCCAUUUUACAUCGGUAAAAAGGGCAAAUAUCACUUUGGAAAAUUAGUGAACACUAUUUUAUCAUUACACACCGAAAAGCACGGAGAAAAAACAAUUCAGAUUAGUUUGUGGAGCAAAUAUCUCGAUAGCUACUACAAGGUUGAAAAAGUGGACCAAUUCUUGAAACUCGUGUCAGACAAACUGGGCAAAAGAGCUGUAAGGAAAGUUGUGCUACACAAAGACUGCAUGGGAAUUGUUCUACUUGGAGCCGAAUUACAACAAGAUAAAAAAUUAGUUAAUGCUCUACUCACCCAUUUAAGUGACGAGGAUCGUGACUGUAUCGAGCACCUACUCGAAAGUAGUUUGUUCUCUUCGAGACGCUAUACACUGGACGCUACCACCGAACCGUGCAACUGUCAACCAAUGAAUGAUUGCUUGUGCUGGUGGUGGUGGAAACCAACGUCAAAGGGUCGACAAGUUGAAAAAAAAUGAUGGGAAAGGUAGGAAACGGUGGGGAAAAGGGCCUUUCAUUACCCUCCCCAUUGGCACUUUGCACGAAAAGUUUUCUUUUUUUUUUGUUAUUCCUGCCUCUAAACAACCUUUAAUGUAAUCGACCUUCAACAUUUGCAUAAAAUUCUCGUUCAAUACACGUGCCUUACAUUUCCACAGAAA